ACCUCAGUCCCUGUCAACAACCACCCGAGUCAAACCAAGCCAUCAUGGCAGAAGUAGCACCAGCCGCACCCGCUCCGUCCAAGACGGUAAAGAAGAAGAAGACCACCAAGACCGCGAAGGCCGGACCCAGCGUGUCCCAGCUGAUCACCGAGGCUGUCGCCAAGUCCAAGGAGCGCAAAGGAGUCUCUCUAGCCUCCCUCAAGAACUCCUUGAACGCCGCCGGUUACGAUGUGGAGAAGAACAAGGCUCGCAUCAAGAUUGCUGUCAGGAAACUGGUGGCCAAGGACAUCUUAGUGCAGACCAAGGGCACCGGCGCUUCCGGCUCCUUCAAGAUGAACAAGGCGUCCGAAGCCAAGCCCAAGAAAGCUCCCGCUAAGGCUAAGAGCGCCGCCAAGAAGCCCGCAGCCAAGAAAUCACCAGUGAAGAAAGUCGCAGUCAAGAAGUCUGUCAAGGCCACAACUAAGAAGCCUGCAAAGAAGGCGACAACCCCGAAGAAGAAGGCAAAGACGGCGGCUAAGAAGAGCACCAAAAGCCCCGCCAAAGCCGCCAAGCCGGCGGCGAGGAAAGCCCCAGCGGCCAGGAAGAGUCCUGCUGCCAAGAAGAGCCCCGCUAAGAAGGCGAGCAAGCCUAAAGCCAAGACUGCAGCCAAGAAGAAGUGAAUCUUCUCUUCUUACAUUAAACCAAACGGCUCUUUUAAGAGCCACCACUUCUUUUUAAAGAGCAAUAUUCGAUUGUGACAUGAUUGUUUUACCAUGUUACAGCCUCUACAACGUUCUUUGCAAACUUCAAUUGGGGUUUGUUGAACUGAUAUAUAUACAUUGGUCAAUGCGGUUGUCAGAUGAUGUGAAGUCUCAGAUGUUUACAUUGCAAACUCGAAACUAGAUCCAUCAUUUCACCCUCUUAAAGUGAACAUUAAAGGCCCUUAGAAUGUUUUAAUACCGGUUCGGGGAUCUGAUUGAUUAAUAUAUUUUUAUGUUUCACACCUGGGUCAAAUGAAAUGCUUUUUUUGCAGUAAAAUAAAAAAUAUAUAUUUUCCCCAGAAAUA